GGUGAGGUGAGGCGUGGUUGGACGUCAUAUAACACCGACAUCCCUCUCUCCCAACCGACACGUUCUCCUCGACCAUCACUCGACAGCUCUGUCCAACAACAGAGCAUUCCUGUCAGACCUAUUCUCUUCGGCUGGAUGUUCGACCACAGCGAGACAUCGUACUGCUCCCGAAAUUCUCGCCACCAUCAACGCUCAGUGUCUGAAUCAGGAAUACGCCCAUGUCUCCUCUCAGCCGAGAGUGCAAGCGCCUUUCGUUCCCAGCAUCAGCACAAACCUUACUGUUUUCCUGCGACUGAAGCAGAGGCGGCUACACGGAUCCCGCGCAUCUGUUACAGACCCGUCUUAUCCUCUGAUGAUGAUGCUGAUCAAUCUUACGCCAAGGGGACUGGUUUUUCCGGCCCGCGCCGUAGGACGACGAGACGCAGAGUAGGGAGAAUCGCAUAUGUGGAGUCAGGAUAUCACAGUGAAGGGGAAGUGUGGACGCUACGCCAAUUCUUAGAAGUUGAAGAAACCGAUGAACGUGUGGCGGAAACUCGACUCGAACAGGGGAAGGCUGUUGACCGGGAUGAUUCUGUCAAUACAGAUGAUGGUACGACAGAUGCAGGGCCGGCGCCAAUCUCUUCAAAGAGGAUGUCGCUGCCUGCCAGUGCCUUCCGCAGGAGGUCCUUAAAGCCUCCCUCUUCUUCUGUAUCCACCACCGCAACACCCCCCAAGGACUCACCACGCUUUGCAGGGGCCUCAGCGUUAGAGCUAAGAGUUACACCUCCUUCUAUAGGCUCACUCGCCGAGUUCGAGGACUCCCUACCUCUGAAUCGACACGCAAAGUUCAGGUUUUCACAAAACCUCAUGUUUCAGCGUGGGCAUGGACGUCUGCGGCAGGAAACGACGUCUUCCGAUAUCUCAUCUUCGUCGAGCACGGAUCUUGCCUCCUCCUCCUCCCCGCAGACCAAGUCAGCUAACAUCGACAACGAUCCGGACGCGCCGUUGAGGCCAAGACGGCGUCGAAUUUCUUGCAAACCCGUGCGGGUGCGGAGAGUCAGCACGUCAGUCGUCGAGGAGCAUGUGCGCUCUGCGCUGCCCAGAACUCGAACUCAAUAUGAUAAACGGGUUCCUGCCCCUGCCCCUUGCUCGACCCACACUUCAUCUCUCUGGAUCAAUCGCAAAUUAUCGCGCCCCUACGAAUCCCAACCGACGGAAAACAGUCUGUCGUCGAUUCGUCAGCGUUCAUGCACACCCACUCCUCCAACCCGCACCCCUUCCACCUCGACUUUGACGUCCUCGCUCUUCCAUCGUCGACAUUCUUCCAGAGCCCAUAAAUCGCUCACAGUGCACGUUAUACCCCCUCCGCGCUCUUUAAGCUUGACGCCUACGCCUUCCGGCUCCCAUUUCGCAACGAUCCCUUCACCUUCCCUAUCGCCACUAUUCUCUGCCAUUGACUCCACGUCUUCCUUGUCGUCGGCAUCAUACUUGUCCGCCGGUCAACUACCCCUCGUCUCCGUCACGGAAGGAGAGGAUGACGACGCGGAUAGGGACACGGAGAAGGCCGCAUUGGGUCGGUCGUCCUCUGUGAAGCGGUUCUUCAAGCGUGCAUCUCUCGGGGCCGGCAAAGUACCCAGCUUGUCGUUCUCGGAUGGCCCGUCGGCAUGGUCAUCCCACAAUCCGUCUUCGCCCCUUCUUAGCCCAAGCGCUACACCUACGAGGUCGAGAUCGAGGUCAAAACCUCCCGGUCGUCGUGCAAAGGCGGAUAAUCGGAGUUCGGUCAGUUUGGCUGCGCCCGUCGAGUCCCCGCUUACUUUAGAGUUGAAGGAGCAGAAAGCGAGGAAGCGGAGGAGUUUGAUCUUUUUGAAGGGUGGCAAGAGUGUGACGACGAAAAACGAUGAUGAUUCUAGUGUCAAGCCGGAGGUGGAUGAAGAGGAUGGCGAUAGACAGGAGAAGGAGGACGUUUCUGAUCAUAUCCUUGCAGGGGGGAGUCCACGAUCGACGUAUUCCUCAGCUAGCUCGACGUUGUUCGCACCUUCACCUAUCGAUAUCAAUGCCGAUGCCCAGGAUAAGACCAAGCCUGUCGUCGCCAUCGUAGAAGAGACCAUCGAAUCCGAAACAGAGGCGGAAACAGAAACAGAGGUGCAGCAUGAGUCCAAGCCCGCACCGUCACCGUCACCUAGACGCGAGUCGUUCUUGGAUAUGGGUAUCCACGCGGAAACAGCACGAUCUGCGCUCGGGUUGAAUGGCAUCAGGAGGAGUUUGACGUUGGGGAGAAGACAGCUCACGGGCAUGGGGAAGAGGGCGACGAUUGCCGUUGACGUUGAUGUUGGGAAGGGGGUGCUAAGUAUGGGUCAGGGGUUGGGUUUGGGUAUGGGAGGGUAUGGGCAGGAUCAGUUUGGAAUAGGGUUCGGGGGUGCGGCUACGGGUUUAGGUGAUAAAGGCGGAAUGGGGCCGAGGAGGUCUUUCAGUCAGAUGUCCAGGAUGACUGCAGACGAUCAGUCGGUCUAUUCAACCGAUGCGGCGGAUGAUUGAGACUGCUGCGAGUGUGAAGGCCGGUGGUAGUCGUGGCCAUUCGGACUGAGUUAGAGAGGACUCUAGACUGGACUUUGUUUCGGCUGUAUCUAUUAUUGCCUGGAGGCGGCUCUUGCGCGGAGCGCGAGGGGGCGAGAAGAGGCGCACUGUACCUAUACGAUUACUAUUACUGCUCAUUACUUAUUUUUGGCUCGGAUUGCAUACUUAUUUGACUGCUAAUGUAGAGGAGGAGUCUUUUACACCCUAGCGAACCUCUUUCGAUUUUAAUGUUUGAGGUAUU